CCAGAUGGGAACGUUCAUCGGAGUUUAUCUGCCGUGCAUGCAGAACAUCCUGGGUGUGAUUCUCUUUCUGCGCCUUACCUGGAUCGUUGGCACAGCAGGCAUCCUGGAGUCCUUCGCCAUCGUCUUCAUGUGUUGCUUCUGUACUUUACUUACAGCCAUAUCCAUGAGCGCCAUAGCAACUAAUGGAGUUGUACCAGCCGGUGGCUCAUAUUACAUGAUCUCCAGAUCUUUGGGUCCAGAAUUUGGCGGAGCAGUGGGUCUUUGUUUCUACCUGGGAACCACCUUUGCUGGCUCCCUGUACAUACUGGGCACCAUAGAGAUCCUACUGACUUACAUUGUUCCAACAGCAACUGUGUUCAAAGGCAACGAUAAAGAGGCAAUGCUCAACAACAUGCGUGUCUUAGGGACGUGCUGCCUGCUUCUGAUGGCACUAGUGGUGUUUGUAGGGGUGAAAUAUGUAAACAAACUAGCUUUAGUGUUUCUCUCCUGUGUGAUUCUCUCCAUCAUGGCCACGUAUGCAGGAGUCAUCAGUACUGUUUUUAAGCAGCCAGAGUUCAAAGUGUGCUUGUUAGGGAAUCGCGCUUUGAAGAAUGAAUUGUUUAAAACGUGCGCAAAGACAGAAGUACUAAAUAACAACUCGAGCACCACCGAGCUGUGGGAGCUGUUCUGUCCCAAUGCAACUUGUGACAACUACUUCACCUCGAACAACGUGACAGAUAUAUACGCCGUGCCCGGGCUCUUGAGCGGCGUCAUCAAAGAAAACUUGUGGAGCAACUACGGUGAAGCUGGAGUGGCCAUAGAGAGGAAUAAUCAGCCUUCUUCAGUCCCACCCGGUGACAAAGAAUGGAUCUACGUCCUCAAUGACAUCACCUCUUACUUCACAUUGUUGGUGGGGAUUUACUUCCCCUCUGUCACAGGUAUCAUGGCUGGCUCCAACAGAUCCGGUGAUCUUAGAGAUGCCCAGAGAUCCAUCCCUAUCGGAACCAUACUGGCUAUUGUCACCACAUCUUUCAUUUAUAUCUCCUUUGUGGUUUUGUUUGGAGCCUGUAUUGAAGGAGUGGUGAUGAGAGACAAGUUUGGUUACUCAGUAAAGAAGAAUCCAGUAAUUGGUAUUCUGGCCUGGCCGUCGCCUUUGGUGAUAGUGAUCGGCUCGUUUUUCUCUUGUUGUGGUGCGGGACUGCAGAGCUUGACUGGUGCCCCCCGUCUGCUGCAGGCCAUCGCUCGGGAUGGCAUCAUCCCAUUCUUACAAGUCUUUGGUCAUGGAAAGGCUAACGGUGAGCCCACCUGGGCUCUUCUGUUGACAAUUGGGAUCUGUGAGAUAGGAAUCCUCAUCGCCUCUGUGGAUGAUGUGGCCCCCAUUCUCUCCAUGUUUUUUCUCAUGUGCUACCUGUUUGUCAACUUGGCCUGUGCUGUUCAGACUUUGCUCCGAACUCCCAACUGGAGACCUCGCUUUAAGUUUUACCACUGGACCUUGUCCUUCUUAGGGAUGAGUCUCUGUCUCUCACUCAUGUUCAUCUGUUCCUGGUAUUAUGCUCUGGUUGCCAUAGUGAUCGCUGGUUGCAUCUAUAAAUACAUUGAAUACAGAGGGGCAGAGAAGGAAUGGGGCGACGGGAUCAGAGGUCUGUCCUUAAACGCAGCUCGCUACGCUCUCGUCCGACUUGAGGAAGUACCACUCCACACCAAAAACUGGAGACCACAGCUGUUGGUGUUGUGCAAGCUGGACUCGAAGCUUGAGGUGACGCAUCCUCGUCUCCUGACCUUCACCUCGCAGCUCAAAGCAGGAAAGGGACUGACCAUAGUCGCCUCUGUCCUGGAGGGCACGUACAUGAACCGCAAGGAUGACGCCAAGACUGGAGAGAAGAGCUUGAAAGCAGCCUUGGCUGCCGAGCGGAUCAAAGGUUUCUCGCAUGUGAUAGUGUCGUCCAGCCUGCGAGACGGUUUCUCCAUACUGAUCCAAGCCGCAGGACUAGGAGGGAUGAAGCACAACACUGUUCUGAUGGCCUGGCCAGCAGGCUGGAGACAGGCCCAGGAUACUUCUGCAAGGAGGAACUUCAUAGAAACCGUAAGAGAGACGACAUCGGCGCAUCAGGCUCUGCUGGUUGCAAAGAACAUCGACCAUUUCCCCAACAACCUCGAGCGCAUAAAAGAUGGCACGAUCGACGUGUGGUGGAUCGUACACGACGGUGGACUGCUCAUGCUACUGCCCUUUUUACUCAUUCAGCACAAGGUGUGGAGGAAGUGCAAGAUGAGAAUCUUCACAGUGGCCCAGAUGGAUGACAACUCCAUCCAGAUGAAAAAAGACCUCCAGAUGUUUGUCUAUCAGCUGCGUCUUGAUGCAAAGGUGGAGGUGGUGGAGAUGCAUGACAGCGAUAUCUCAGCGUUUACUUAUGAGAAGACGCUGGUGAUGGAGCAGAGAUCUCAAAUGCUGAAACAGAUGCACCUGUCUCGCACUGAGAGGGAAAGAGAGGCCCAGUUGAUUCACGACCGGAACACAGCGUCUCAUUUCUCAAUGAACGACAAAGCAGCAGGAGCUACACCAGAUCAGGUCCACAUGACGUGGACAAAAGACAAGCUGCUGAAUGAAAGGAACAAACAGAGAGAAGGCAUGGCCGUAAAGGACAUGUUUAAUAUGAAACCUGAGUGGGAGAAUCUCAGCCAGUCUAAUGUACGGCGGAUGCAUACAGCUGUGAAGCUAAAUGAAGUGGUGGUGAAGAAAUCUAAAAGUUCCCAGCUGGUCCUGCUCAACAUGCCAGGUCCACCCAAGAACAAAAAAGGAGAUGAGAACUACAUGGAGUUUCUGGAGGUUUUGAUAGAAGGCCUAGAUCGUGUCCUGUUGGUUCGUGGAGGAGGUCGGGAGGUCAUAACCAUCUAUUCUUAGCCUCAAAAAGUAUUUUAAUGAUCUUGAUUCCCAGUGGAAGAAAGUUUGGCUGGA